CCGGUGACAUCAACGUGACCGUCACCUUCUUUGAACCCAAACUACUCAAAAUGACCACCGCUUUCAUGUUAGCCUGGCCAUACGGCAUACCUCGUAUUAUGAGCAGCUAUAAUUGGCCUAGGAAACUUGAGAAACAAGGGGACAGGUAUAUCGACAGCAACUCAUACAUAGGACCGCCCCAUGACUCCGGCGAUCAUAUAUUGGAUGUGAAACGUAAUCCGGAUCUGAGUUGCGACUCAAGUCAAUGGAUAUGUGAGCACAGGUGGCAUCAGAUCUAUAAUAUGGUUAGGUUAAGGAAUAUAGCGGGCAGUGAACCGGUAGCCAAUUGGUGGGAGUUUAACAAUCAGAUUGCCUUCAGUCGCGGCAAUAAAGCCUUUAUUGCCAUCAAUAAUGAUGUGAAACCUAUUGAUAUGACUAACAGUACGGGUCUACCGGCCGGUACUUAUUGUGAUAUAAUAUCCGGCGGUUUAAUCGAUGGCAAGUGCACGGGAAAGACAUUAACUGUUGGUAAUGACGGAAAGGCACAUAUAUUUGUGGACAACACAUGGGAAGACCCUAUGAUUGCAUUUCAUAUUAAAGCCAAAAUAUAA